AUGUGGUACCAAAAGUGGUUGCUCCCUCUCCUGGUAGCAGGGGCUAGCGCUGCCCCGGCCAGCACGGCCAGCGCAGCCAAAGACAGUGUCUCGUCUGUUGUCAAGAAUGGCGUCAAGUAUACCGUCUUUGAACAUGCCGCGACCGGAGCCAAGUUGGAGUUUGUCAAGAAUUCGGGCAUCUGCGAGACGACUCCCGGGGUGAACCAGUACUCUGGAUAUCUGUCUGUCGGGAAUAAUAUGAACAUGUGGUUCUGGUUCUUCGAGGCCCGUAACAACCCCCAGCAGGCUCCCCUCGCUGCCUGGUUCAACGGCGGCCCUGGUUGCUCCUCCAUGAUCGGUCUGUUCCAGGAGAAUGGCCCUUGCCACUUUGUCAACGGGGACGAUACUCCCUCGCUGAACGAGCAUAGCUGGAACAACUACGCCAACAUGCUGUAUAUUGACCAGCCCAUCGGGGUUGGCUUUUCCUACGGCACAGACGACGUGACCAGCACAGUGACCGCUGCUCCGUAUGUAUGGAAGUUGCUGCAGGCCUUCUAUGCGCAGUUCCCGGCAUACGAAAGCCGCGACUUUGCCAUCUUCACCGAGUCCUACGGUGGACACUAUGGCCCCGAAUUUGCCUCGUACAUUCAGCAGCAAAACGCCGCCAUCAAAGCCGGAACGGUGUCUGGCGAAAACAUCAACCUGAUCGCAUUGGGAGUCAACAACGGCUGGAUCGACCCGGCCAUCCAAGAAAAGGCGUACAUCGAGUUCAGCUACAACAACACCUAUCAGCAGCUCAUCUCCUCUUCUGAUCGCGACAGUCUGCUGAGCGUCUACAACAGCCAAUGUCUGCCAGCGAUCCAGAAAUGCGCCAAGACAGGCACCAACGCCGACUGUAGAAACGCCGACAGCGUCUGCUCCAACAACAUUGAGGGGCCGAUCAGUAAUUCCGGUGACUGGGAUGUGUAUGAUAUCCGCCAGCCACGAAAUGACCCCUAUCCACCUCAGACAUACUCCACCUACCUCACCAACCCCGACGUUGUCAAAGCCAUUGGUGCGCAGUCGACAUACCAGGAGUGUCCGAAUGGGCCGUAUAACAAGUUUUCGCAGACGGGAGAUAACCCUCGCUCGUUCCUGUCGACUCUAUCCAACGUGGUCAAGUCCGGCAUCAACGUUAUCGUGUGGGCAGGCGACGCCGACUGGAUCUGCAACUGGCUGGGCAACUACGAGGUUGCCAAUGUUGUUGAUUUCCCCGGACAGGCGACGUUCAGCGCCAAGGAUCUCGCGCCAUACACAGUCAACAGCGUCGAGAAGGGCUCGUUCAAGACUGCGGACAACUUCUCGUUCCUGAGGGUGUACGAGGCGGGACACGAGGUUCCUUACUACCAACCCGAAGCCGCGCUUCAGGUAUUCCAGCAAAUACUUCAGAAGAAGCCGAUUUUCUCGACUUAG